CAACGAGAAAUUUUCUUAUGCAAGUCGGUUUACUUAGGUGUAUGACGAUAUUAUGUGAACUUAAACAUCAUUUAGGAAAAGUUAAUUUUUCAAUAAAAGCUGACGUUGUACUUGGAAAGUGUUAUUGUGCUAAAAUUGUUAAAGUUAAUUCACUUAUAGCACAGUGUUCUAAUUAGGCGAGGAAAUUUAGGCAUAAUGUUGGAAUAUUUUAUUUGUUUCUUCGCCUUCAUAGCUGCUUUAGCUGCAGCAUUUUACAUGUAUAUUACAUGGCAUCAUGGGCUCUUCAAGAAGUUUGGUAUUCCUGGACCCGAACCAACAUUCAUGGGUCAACUUACCAAAUAUGGCGGAGUGGCUGUUGGAGAAAUGGACAGAGAAUUAAUGAAAAAAUAUGGGAAGGUCGUUGGUUACUAUCAUGGUCGUACUCCAGUUCUGAAUGUUGGUGAUCCCGAUCUGGUAAAAGAAAUCUGCAUUAAACAUUUCAACAAUUUUUCUUCAAGACCAUUCAAUGUACCAAAGGAUCUUUAUGAAGAAGCUUUUUUGACUGUUGUCAACGGUGAGAGGUGGAGGAACUCUCGUUCAGUUCUUUCUCCAUCAUUUACAUCGGGGAAAAUGAGAGCGAUGGUACCCCUGAUGAAAAAUUGCGUAGAGAACUUUUUGAAGCACCUCGAAAAACAUGCUGAGAGUGGGAAAGCGGUAGAUGUUAAAACGAUGUUUAGCGGUUUUACAUUGGAUGUGAUUUGUACCACAGCUUUCGGAAUAGAUAUUGAUUCUCAAGGUAACCCAGAUAACCCAUUAAUCCUAGCUGCAAAAGAUGCAUCACAAUUUAACUUGAGAAAUCCUUUUAAUCUGAUUUGCAUCUUGUUGCCAUUUACGAUACCCAUUAUGGAUUUUUUUGGUGUUGGUUUUAUGAAAAGGGAGCCCAAGAAAUUUAUGAUCGACACAAUAGAAAAAGUUAUUGCUGAGAGACAGAAUAAUCCAUCUGACAGAGCAGACUUCGUAUCUCUGGCAAUGAAGGCCAAAGAAGAUUCUGAAAAACGACAGGAAGGCAGAGUUUUCAAUCAACAUGAUCUGAUUGGAAAUCUUCUUGUUUUUAUGUUGGCUGCUUAUGAUACAACAUCAACCACUUUGUCAUUUGUAUCAUAUUGUUUAGCCACCCACCCAGACAUUCAGGAUAAAGUUCUUCACGAAAUCAACCAGAAACUUGGAAAGGAUGAAGAACCUGAUCAUGAAAAUAUUACCAAAUUGAAGUAUUUACAACAGGUUAUUGAUGAAACUCUUAGAUUAUUUCCAGCAUUGAUAAGAACGGUUCGAUAUUGUGCUGAAGAUAUAGAUAUCAAUGGUACAUUUAUUGCUAAAGGAACGGAGAUAUCUUUUCCUGUAUUUGCUAUACAGAGGGAUCCUGAUUUUUGGGAGAAUCCUGACGUGUUUGAUCCAGAAAGGUUUUCACCAGAGAAUAAAGAAUCCAUAAAUCCAUAUUCCCAUAUGCCUUUUGGAAUGGGACCUAGAAAUUGUAUCGGCCAACGUUUAGCUCUGUUAGAACUCAAAUUAGUUCUGGUUUGUAUUCUGAGAAGCUAUAAGAUAUGUUGUACUCCAGAAACCGAGACACCAAAUGUGAAAAUGGCCAAAGGCGAACUCUUCUUAAGGACUGAAAAACCCAUACAUGUCCGUUUUGAGAAGCGAUAAAUACCACGCCAGUUUGACUAAUCAGUAAUAGUGUGAACUUUUAGCUUUCUUAGCCAUGUGUAUCCAUUAUUAAUUCCCAUUCAAUUUUCAUCUGGUGUCAGUUAACAAAUGCUACUAUUACAAUGUUUAUUAUAUGUUAUUAUAUAACACUAACGUUUAAACGGGUAUUUGGACUCAGAUUCUAAAAAGUAUAUUAUGUAGAUUUUUAUAACCUUUUUUUAUUUUUCUAUGACCUCGUACUUUAUAUUAACGUCAAUAAAAUAAUGUAGUUUUUGUACAAUUGAAUUUUUUCACCAAAAAGGAAUAAUUCUAAUAUAGUUGUAGUCUGUCGUCUGAGCAGUUCGAGGGGAGAUAAUUCUAUGUUCCUUGCGCUGUAAAUUUUGCAAACAAUUCAAUUAUUUUUAUCUGUUCAUUGGUCUUCGAAGUAUCGAAUACUACAAAUCACAUGAAACAGAUUGGUUGAACAAAUUCAUGGGUUAGAAGAAUGAAAUUGUUCUUAUUCCUUUGAACCCUAAGAGUUUUGACAAAAUGACAUCAAUCCUAUGGCCUAAUAGAAGAAAGAAAAAGAAAUUGCAAUUUUGGUUUUUUUUUGUUUAUUAUAUAAUGUUUGUAACAAUAGUUAAUUCAAUAACACUAACAUAAAAUGAUU